AGUUGAAGCAUAUGUGGGUGUUGUCCGACAUUAGUGAGUGCAUGACAACGAGAUUUUAUUCUACACUGCAGCUCUGAUUAAGUGCAGAUUUUGAACUUCUCAGUUCCUUAAGAUGCCAGACUGCAAGUCAAAAGCCUACAUUGAUGAACCUUAGGCCUGAUAUAACGGAACAUUGGGACAGCUGGUAGUAUUAAUAGGGACUCGCUGAAUUAUUCUGAAGUAGUAUAAUGCCCAAAGAAGUGGCAGGGUACUUCAUUCUGCAUUUGGUUAUCUGUUUUAUGGUUAGUGACCCUCCAACCCUCCCCCACCCCGAAAAAAAAGAAACUUUAAAAUUUUUUUUUUUUUUUUACCCUUAACAGAAAGGAGGAGUGAAAAUCUACACCACUACAUGUUUAGUGUAUAGUGGGCGUUUGCGCUUUCAAAUGUUAAUAGGCUACCGUUCAUUAGAGGAUAAAUAGGCUUCAGUCCCACCCCCUGUCCCCUGUCUUUCUAUUUUUUAAUCGUAAAAUUCUGUUUUUUUUUUGACAGUGUUAAAAAAGAGUUCGUUUUCGGAUCUGUUUGGAAUAGCACCUCGUCAUCCUACUGUGGGAAGGAGCACAUCUUGUAUCUUGUGCAGCCGUGGGGCAGGGGAGCUUAAUUAUUUUCCUUCUUCCUUGUUUUCUUUAUUAUAAAGGUCUAAACUGAAGUGGCAUUAGGACGCCUGACAAUGUUUCGCUCGCAACGGUCAGGAGCUUAAGGAGGUCUCCUCUUCAACAGACAGUUCCUUGCGUGGAGUCCGCUCGCUGCAGCUGCCACUUCUCAAUGGAGCUAACAUCAGCGAGAGUGCGUAUGUAGAACGGGACCAGCGUAGUCAUUUCAAUCAACAUAGACGCGGUGCUGUCUCAAGCAUCCUCCGAGAGAGAAAGAAGGAACCGGGAACACGGAGGUACCACUUGCUUGAACGUGUGAAGAGGCCAAUUUUGAAGCCAUUGACCCUACGUCACUACUGAGGCCACGUGCAAUGCUUAACGCUUCAUCCCCCCCAAAGUGACAGGAAUCACCCUUUGACCUGCGCUCAGAGGAACAUUCAUCGGUCCUCCAGACAUUGCACGGGAUUUUUGGUGUCGCCCUCAUUGUCAUUUUUUACUUUUUCUACGGAGGUGACUUUUUCAGUCAGGGCCCAGAUGCGGUUACUUGGCCCACCUGUGUGCAGCUUGGUGGGCGUGGUGACUCUGCUGCUCCCCCUGUGGGAGGUGGGCUGCUUGGAGCUGAGCGCCGGUUCGAGACUUCGGCCCCUGAGGGGUCCCAGGGGACACGAAGGUGCCCUGCGGAGGCAUAAACGCAGCUGGGUGUGGAACCAGUUUUUUGUGCUGGAGGAGUACACAGGGAACGACCCUCUCUAUGUGGGCAAGCUUCAUUCAGAUGUGGACCAGGGGGAAGGAAACAUUAAGUACGUGCUGUCUGGAGAGGGCGCCACUUCCAUCUUCACCAUCGAUGAGAACACAGGAGAUAUCCAUGCCACCAAACGGCUGGACAGAGAGGAGCAGGCCUACUACACGCUGCGGGCCCAGGCCGUGGAUCGGGCCACCAACCGCCCCGUGGAGCCAGAGUCAGAGUUCAUCGUCAAGAUCCAGGACAUCAACGACAAUGAACCCAAGUUCCUGGAUGGCCCCUACACUGCCGGGGUUCCAGAGAUGUCUCCCCUGGGAACGUCUGUAGUCCAGGUGGCAGCAACAGAUGCUGAUGACCCCACAUAUGGGAACAGUGCAAGAGUGGUCUACAGUAUCCUCCAUGGACAGCCCUACUUCUCAGUUGAACCAAAGACAGGCAUAAUCAGAACGGCCCUCCCCAACAUGGACCGCGAGACGCGCGACCAGUACGUGCUGGUCAUCCAGGCCAAGGACAUGGUGGGCCAGAUGGGGGGGCUGUCGGGCACCACGUCCGUCACCGUCACGCUCACGGAUGUGAACGACAACCCGCCGCGCUUCUCUCGCAAGUCCUAUCAGUACACGGUGCCAGAGACCCAGCCUGUGGGAUCAGUGGUGGUCAAGAUAAAAGCGGCUGACGCCGAUAUUGGCUCCAAUGCAGAAAUGGACUACAGGAUUAUGGAUGGGGACGGUCUAGGGAUGUUCAGAGUGUCCACUGACAAAGACACACAGGAAGGAGUCUUAACUCUGCAAAAGCCCAUGGAUUUUGAGACUAAGGCCAGCUACUCACUGCGGAUUGAGGCAACGAACCGGCACAUCGACCCACAGUUCCUGAACCUGGGCCCGUUUAGCGACACAGCGACAGUGCGGGUGACGGUGGAGGAUGUGGACGAGCCGCCCGUCUUCUCCUCUCCGCUCAGCAAGAUGGUGGUCUCUGAGGCUGCCAAGGUGGGCACCAUCAUCGGGACAGUCUCGGCACAUGACCCCGACGCCUCCAACAGUGCCAUCAGAUACUCCAUUGACCGGAAUACCGACCUGGAGAGGUUUUUCAACAUUGAUGCCCUGACUGGAGUCAUUAGCACAGCCAAACCACUGGACAGAGAAGUCAACGCCGUGCACAACAUCACCAUUUUCGCCAUGGAAAGUCAGGACCCUACCCAAGUUGGAAAGGGCAUCGCCGUGAUAACUGUGAUGGACAUCAAUGACAACGCCCCUGUCUUCGCCAUAGAGUACGAGACCUUCCUCUGUGAGAAUGCCAAGCCGGGCCAGGUCAUCCAAACCAUCAGCGCAGUGGAUAAAGAUGAGCCGCCCAGCGGACACCGUUUCUUCUUCGCUCUCAGUGCAGAGGCUGCUGGGAACCUCAACUUCACCCUCAGAGACAACAAAGACAACACAGCCUCCAUCCUGACGAAACGGGGAGGAUUUCGACGCCAGGAGCAGUUCCUUUACCGGCUUCCCAUCCUGAUCCUGGACAGUGGCAGCCCCUCUCUUAGCAGCACCAACACCUUGUCCAUCCGGGUUUGCGACUGUGACCCGGACGGCCUCGCCCAGUCCUGCAGUGCCGAAGCGUACAUACUGCCUGCCGGGCUGAGCACCGGCGCCCUCAUCGCCAUCCUUGCCUGCGUCCUCACGCUGCUGGUUCUGGUGCUGCUGAUCGUGACGAUGCGCCGUCGGAAGAAGGAGCCCCUCAUUCUUGAGGACGAGCGGGACAUACGGGAGAACAUCGUGCGUUACGACGACGAGGGCGGCGGGGAGGAGGACACCGAGGCCUUCGACAUGGUCGCCCUGCGGAACCUCAACGUCAUCCGGGACCACAAGGCUCGGCGGGAUGUAACGCCCGAGGUGACCUCCUUCUUCUCCUCGCGGCCCGCCUACAAGACCCUGCCGGACAACGUCAUCUUCCGGGAGUUCAUUUGGGACCGGCUGAAGGAAGCGGACGUCGACCCCUCGGCACCCCCCUACGACUCUCUGCAGACCUACGCCUUCGAGGGGAGCGGCUCAGUGGCGGAAUCCCUCAGCUCACUGGAGUCGCAGAGCACGGACUCCGACCAGAACUACGACUAUCUCAGCGACUGGGGGCCUCGCUUUAAGAAGCUGGCUGAUCUGUAUGGCAACACUGAGGGCUGCAAUAUAUUCUCAUAGCCCUGUUUCAAAUUUUAAGUUCAUGUUGACCGUGGAGUUGAAAUAAGUGGGGAAAAAACCUAAUGCUAUUAUUGUUACAAAAAAGGACUCCACAGGACAGAACCAGGUAAAAAAAAAAAUCCUGAACUGAUCUUUCUUUCUUUUCUACUAUCUUUCUGUGGAUAGUAGAAAACUGCUUUUGACCAAGAAAGCCAGAAGGAAAUUGUUACAAGAAAACAAAUAAAAAGGCUAUUUAAAUUCAAAAGGUAUUAUCCAUCAAUCCCCUUGGAUAGGAUUUUCUCAGAGAAUCCAUGGAAGUUUUGACAAACUAUAAAUAUGACAACACCAGAGAUAAUGUGCGAAACACAGACCAUGAAUGCUGAACCUGGCGGGAACCAAAGACCUCACCUGUUGGACCCAAAGGGUAACCUUGUGCAUUAACCCUUGACUACUGUAUCCGACAUGGGCCAUGAGUGCCAGAAUCAGUGUUAUUCGCCAAAUACUGCGAUGCAUUUUACUGCUUUUGUUGUUCUCCAAGUGACAUUUAUUUUUUUAUUUGUCUGUAGUGAUUAGUCAGUACAGCGACAGUUUAACAAGUUCAGUGGUCAUUAAAAGUGUACACUUUGAUCAGUA